GGUCGACCUCAGCACAUUCAUUCUUCUACCCUCGCUCCUUAUUGUCUUGCAUUCUGCAAUCUUCUGCAUCUAGACUCUCUUCUACAUCUAGAUCUCCCCCCCGCUCGACUGGCAUAUACGACAAAUAGUCACAAUCGGUCAAAAUAAACAAGACUAAUUCAGGUCAUCUUCCCACCUUCCUAACGACCAAACCAAAACUCGACUCGCAACGACAUGUCCAGCCUCUGUCGAAACCGUCUCGCUGAAGAACGCAAGCAAUGGAGGAAAGACCACCCGUUCGGCUUCUUCGCUCGACCGAAGAAGGAGACGGACGGCUCUCAGAACUUGAUGAUCUGGGAGGUCGGUAUCCCGGGGAAAGUCGGGACCAACUGGGAAGGAGGGCUGUAUGAGGUGACAAUGACGUUCCCCGAAGACUAUCCUCAACGACCACCAAAGUGCAAAUUCACCCCGCCUCUCUUCCACCCCAACGUCUACCCCUCGGGGACCAUCUGUCUUUCGAUCUUGGAUGAAGAGAAGGCUUGGAAACCUACUAUCACUAUCAAACAGUUGCUUCUGGGGAUUCAAGACCUGUUGAACGAUCCGAACGCUUCCGAUCCCGCCCAGGUCGAGGCGUACACCAUGUUCAAGAACGACAAGGUCGCUUACGAGAGGCGAAUCAAGCAACAAGCCAAGGAGAGGGUACAAAAGUAGUCCUUACCCUCCCUCUAUUCUAUUAUCGUCCUCGUGAAACAAAACGGGUUUCGUUGCGCACGAAUUCUCGUUAUAGUUGUCCAUCCCCUUGCCUCGCCUCGUUUUUCACUGAAUCGAUUGAUUUUUGGGUGUCACCGUGAGAGCCCUCUAUUCCAUCCAGAGCGUUCGUCAUACAUAUACAAUACAUAUAUACACCGUC